GGAAACUGACGUGUUAUCCAUCUCCGUCACAACGGUUUGGAAUGUCCAGCUCUCUUUAGGAUGAGCAGCGUGCUGUUAUCCCUGAACCCUGUUCUUUCAACUUUAACCGAUUCAAUGCGAGAGCAAAUGCACCUCAAGCAACUUCUUUCGACCACGUUGGUUAAGGGGAUUAGGCUGCUGUGAAGGGAAAGGCAAGGCAAGGCAAGUCGCCAAGGUGGAUCCUUACAAAUUAAGACCUCGACUACACUCCAUGGUAUUCGAGGUACCAUUCACUCAGCCACUUUUGUUGCCUCAGACAUCAUAUCAUAGUAUCCUCAAUAAAAAGACUCAAUGAACACAGAAAAGGGGUUAGUGUAUCCCCUGCUUCUUCUUUUUCUACUUCAGGUAAGUACUUGCUUGGACAUCCUUGACCAAAACAAUACUAUCAAAGAUGGAAAUCUCUUGCUCUCCAGUGGUAAAACAUUCGCUCUGGGUUUCUUCAGCUCGGGUAAUUCUAGCAAUCGUUAUGUCGGAAUUUGGUAUCACCAAGUUUCUGAGCUAACUGUUGUUUGGGUUGCUAAUCGAGAGAGACCAAUCAGUGGCACUUCGGGAGCUCUUUCAAUUGAUUCUGAUGGAAAUUUGGUGCUCCAUGAGACAAAUGGAAGCUUUCCUGUUUGGUCCACAAAUGUUUCUUCUGCAUCAUCCAAUGAUUCUACUACAGCCCGGCUUACGGAUUCAGGCAAUCUAGUCCUGGUUCAAGAUUUUAGUCAAAGGUUGAUAUGGCAAAGCUUUGAUUAUCCUACAGACACUAUGCUUCCUUUCAUGAAACUCGGGUUGAACCGCAAAACCGGUUUGGACCGGUUCCUAACAUCAUGGAAGUCCCUGGAGGAUCCGACACCCGGCAAUUGCUCCUAUAGGAUUGACCCAACAGGCUAUGCUCAAUUAUUUCUGUACAAGGAUGGGGUUCCGUACUGGCGUGUCGGAUCGUGGAUUGGAGAUCGGUGGAGCGGCGUACCUGUAAUGAUUACCCCUUACAUCUUAAACGUAAGCUUUGUAAAUGACCCUGACGAGAUUUCUAUAAUGUAUGGCACCGUUAACCCAUCAACCAUCACAAGAACGGUGCUCAGCGCGUCAGGGUCACUCCAACGAUUCACAUGGCACGACCGAGAUCGGCAGUGGAUAGAAUACUGGCACGCUCCAAUGGACCAGUGCGAUUAUUACGGCAAGUGUGGGCCCAACAGCAACUGCAAUCUGUAUAUUGCGGGCCAAUUCGAGUGCACAUGCCUGCCAGGGUUCGAGCCCAAGUCCCCGGGCGAUUGGUACCUAAGAGAUGGAUCGGCAGGGUGUGUGAGGAGGGGAGGGGUGUCAGUGUGUCGAAGCGGGGAAGGAUUCGUGAAGGUGGCACUAGUGAAGGUGCCGGACACUUCAAAAGCAAGUGCUAACAUGAGCUUGAGCUUGAAGGAGUGUGAAGAGGAAUGCCUGAGGGAUUGCUCUUGCACAGCUUAUGCUAGCGCCAAUGAGAGCCUGGGGGGUUUCGGGUGCCUCACAUGGCAUAGCGAUUUAGUCGAUACAAGAACAUUUGCCACUACAGGUCAAGAUUUAUAUGUACGGGUCGAUGCGGUCGAGUUAGCUCGUUAUAGGAAAACAAGCUCCCUCAGCCGAAAGGCAACGAUUGCGAUAGUUCUGGUUUCGGUUGUGACAGCUCUACUGCUCGCCAGCUCCUUCUCAUACCGCUUGGUGAUCAAGAAGAGAAAGGAUCGCAGAGGCCAUAAUCCACUAAUGAGUGAUAUCAUGAAUCCAACACAUUUGGACGGCUCUCGGAGUGUAAAAGACCCCGACGACGGACCCAGAGGAAACCGAGAUGUGCCACUCCUUGAUCUGAGCACCAUAGCUUCAGCAACAAACAAUUUCUCCAUCCUCAGUAAGCUCGGUCAAGGCGGUUUUGGAUCAGUAUACAAGGGCGUUAUGGACAAUGGAACGGAAAUAGCGGUCAAAAGACUAUCGAAACAUUCAGGACAAGGUGUUGAGGAAUUCAAGAACGAAGUUCGGUUGAUUGCGAAGCUUCAACACCGGAACCUGGUGAGACUACUUGGCUGCUGUGUCGAAGAAGACGAGAAAAUGCUAAUUUACGAGUUUUUGCCGAACAAAAGCUUGGAUGCCUUCCUUUUCGACACAACGCAAAGAUUGACGCUGGAUUGGAGGAAAAGGUUCGACAUCGCAUCCGGGGUGGCUCGAGGACUCUUGUAUUUGCACCAAGAUUCGAGGCUCAGGAUCAUCCACCGAGAUUUAAAGGCCAGCAACAUCCUACUCGACGCUGCGAUGAAUCCAAAGAUAUCUGAUUUCGGUAUGGCUAGGAUAUGCGGCGCGGAUCAAAUCCAAGGAAACACAAAUCGAGUAGUUGGAACAUACGGGUACAUGUCGCCAGAGUACGCAAUGGGAGGUAUAUUUUCGAUAAAAUCCGAUGUCUAUAGCUUCGGAGUUUUGCUGUUGGAGAUCAUCAGUGGCAAAAGGAACACCGCAUAUCACCCGGAAAAUCCAUCUUACAAUUUGAUUGGCCAUGUAUGGGAGCUAUGGAAUGAAGGAAACUGCGAGGACGUUAUCGACGAGUCAAUGGGUGAUUCGUGCGCCAAAGAGGAGGCCUUGAGGUGCAUCCAGAUCGGCCUUUUGUGCGUGCAAGAACUGGCGGAGGAUAGGCCGAACAUGUCCACCAUUGUGUUCAUGUUGGCAAAUAGAGAUGUGGUUCUUGCAUCCCCGAAAAGACCUGCAUACGUUGUCAAGGGCAGGUACCAUGGCGGGAAUCUAUCUGCGAGCAAUGGAACGGCUUCUGCGAACGAUGUUACAAUUUCGAUGGUCGAAGGCCGCUAGUUGUGCCGUUCUCUCGCCCCUGGAUUAGUUAUAGAAACACAAAUUCACUUUGAAAACCUAGGAGUUCAUGGAAGUAUUGGGUACUGGAAUUCCAAGGUGUAUUGAGCCGGCAGAAGUCCUGAAGAGAAACGUUUGCAUGCCUCGGCUGUAAAAUCGAUAUGGAUUGCAUAAGUUUGAUAUAUUUUGGAAACUGCAAAUUGCAUGAUGCUUCUUCUUUAGUUAACUUCGAUAUAAUAAGAUUGUAGUUGAAGUUAGGU